AUGCGGCAUAAUCCGCGCACGGUAUAUCAGGAUACGACGGUAGCACUGGAAACCGGCAAGGAAGCUUUCGCUAAGCACACCAAGCAUCCGGCAGUGGCUUCUAGCGGAGUAUCCGCUGUGGCAAUCAGGCUUGGCUUUCUCCCAGCACAGAUCUUGCGCAUCGUGAAGCCAUCCAGGCUCGAUGCCCGAGAGAGAAGCACGCUGAAGGAUCCCCGGCUCAACCAGAUCAACACGGGCGACAUUCUGCGGUAUCCAGCAUUCUCACAGGAAUCGAGCAAGCCAGCGCAAGCCAGCGCAAGCCAGCAGGCAUGCUCCGUGGGUGCCCAUACUUAUCGCAGGCGCCAUGCAACCCAACGAUCGGCAUGCGCUACAGCGAGUAGCCUGGCCCCAACCCACACCGGCACAGGGGAUUUCUUAUCCUCGGCCGUCCAUUGGAAUGUGAGAAAUGGAUCAUAG